UCGCUCCAUCUGAUCGGCCAAACAGCUCGCGCCAUCCAUCUCUGUCACGUAACACGAAACCAUUCAAAACUCAAUAGAGCUCGUGACAGAAAAGCGCACACAAAUGGCAUUCCACAGAACGAUGGCACGGUGCCUGUGGGCAGGCAAGAACGCGGCCGCUAGCGCCGCAGCCAUUCCCAAGCCUCCCGCUCCCAUCCCACCUGCACGGCAGCCCCUGCUGGCCGUGGACGACUGCCCGACGCUCGCAUUCCUGCGGCCUCGGCCGGCCACCGCCGUCCGGUUCUCCACCGUGUCCGUCCCGCUCCCGGCGCACUGCUUCCCCGCCCUCCCCGUCGGGGACCAGCUGUUCCACCGUCUCCAGCUCGACGGGCUUAUUCCGCCUGUGAGUACGAUAACGCGGCCGCCUGAGGAAGUGGGCGUGACGGUGGAGCAGGCGAGGAAGGUGGCGAGGGCGGCGGAGAUGGAGGUGGCGCGGACGAGGCUGAGGGCCAACGAGCAGAGCGUCGUGUCCGGGUCGGAGUUCGGCGCGCUCUGCGUCGACAUUGCCGGUGGCGUCGAGGGCGGCCGCAGGCUUGCCCGGGCCCUCGACGAGUCCGGCGUCGUCAUCGUCCUCGGCGACGCCGUCUUCCUCCGCCCCGACAUGGUAGCGAAAGCGAUCGGGAGCAUACUCCCGGCGAAACAGCAGCUGGCGCCGCGGGCACGAGACGACGGCGAGGCGCGCAAGCGGGAGCUGGAGGCGAUGGAGUCGCAGAAGGCGGCCAUCGACGCGAAGGCGGCCGCGCAGGUGCGGCGCGAGCUGUGGUGCGGGCUGGGCCUCCUGGCGGCGCAGACGCUGGGCUUCAUGCGGCUCACCUUCUGGGAGCUGUCGUGGGACGUGAUGGAGCCGGUGUGCUUCUACGUUACGUCGCUCUACUUCAUGUCCGGCUACGCCUUCUUCAUGCGCACGGCCACGGAACCGUCCUUCGAGGGCUUCGUCCGGAGCCGCUUCGCGUCGAGGCAGCGCCGCCUCCUGCGGGCGCGCGGGUUCGACGUCGCACGGUACAACGCCCUGAAGCAGGGGGAGGGGCUCGGUUCUGCGGCGCAAAGCGACGGCCACGUCGACGUGUUCAGGCACGUCUCGCACGUACAAUAGCUGCCCCGAGCGGCUACUAGUUUGGGACGUGGAAAGGCCGGAGCCCGGAAGAGUUCGCGUGUAUCAGGGCACGGGAUACGUGCCAUGGUCAAGUCGCCAUCUAAUCGCGAAUCAGCUUUCUGUAUCGAUUCAUGAGGGGAAGUGUUGUCGGGCUGCACAUAGUGACCGUUUGUUUUGGUAGGACAUAUUGUCAGUUGCCACAUACAUGGACUGAACAUCUGUUUUCUUUUAAGGCGAUUUCACCGAUUUCAAUUUGUCAAGAAGACGAAACACUUA